GUUUGUUUCAACUCUGUUUCGCUUUUCUUUUCUUUUUUUUCUUUUUGGUCAUUGGCGAGCAUAUCCUUGAAGUCGGGAAGGCAUAUUUCCCCACUGAUCAUGGAGAGACGAGUUCAUGGCUAGAUAUAUCGGGUUUACUCCUUUUUGUGCCUUUUGCGUUUGAUCAUGUCGGGUUUCCCCGUUGGAUUGUGUAUCUGACUGCACUGAUCCGUGAAGCUUGUGUCGAUUUUGGGCGAGUAUCGGGCAGGAUUUUCACCCGAUUUGGGUAAUUGGGUCACACCCGAGAGAUCGGAUUUACCAAAAAGCUUCGUCUUUCUCCUAAUCCUCUCUUCUUCGAAUCCGCCUGUCUUCUUCUCCCGAGAUCGAUCGGAGGUUUCUCCUCGGGGAGCUCUCUUCUCCCUCUCUCUCUGAAUCGCCGGAAAAAAAAAACAACACCCAACAAAAAACCACACUAAGAACAUCUAGCGAAAGAGUGAGAGAGAGCUCCUCUCUGGUUAAGUAAUUAGGUUAUUAGGACAUUCGUUAGGCGAGGAGAAGAAGAAGACCCAGAACGAGAUACAGGCAGAGAAACCAUGUCUGCUCUCCAUCGGUCAUCAAGCGCUCCGUCGAAGAACAACGGUGGCUCUCUCCCCUCCAAGGAACUUCUUGACGAUCUCUGCAGUCGAUUCGUUUUGAAUGUCCCAGAAGAAGAUCAGCAAUCGUUCGAGCGAAUUCUGUUUCUUGUGGAGUAUGCGUAUUGGUACUAUGAAGAUAAUUCUGUAGAAAAAGAUCCAACUCUGAAAUCACUGACUUUGAAGGAGUUCACUUCGCUCUUGUUUAACAGCUGUGAUGUGUUGAGGCCUUAUGUUGCUCAUAUCGAUGACAUAUUCAAAGACUUCACUUCUUACAAGUAUCGUGUUCCUGUGACCGGAGCAAUCAUCCUGGAUGAGACAUACGAACGGUGCGUGCUAGUGAAAGGAUGGAAAGGAUCAAGCUGGAGUUUUCCUCGUGGGAAGAAGAGCAAGGAUGAGGAAGACCAUGCAUGUACUAUACGCGAAGUCUUAGAGGAAACCGGAUUUGAUGUCUCGGAGUUACUCAAGAAGGAGGAAUACAUCGAGUUUAUAUUUGGGCAGCAAAGGGUACGGCUCUACAUCGUUGCUGGAGUGAAAGAUGAUACAGCUUUUGCACCGCUCACAAAGAAGGAGAUUAGCGAAAUUGCAUGGCAUCGGCUUGAUGAUCUUCAGCCAGCGAGCAACGAGGUGAUAACUCGUGGAGUUACAGGUCUUAAGCUGUACAUGGUGGCACCUUUUCUCGCAUCGUUGAAAUCGUGGAUAUCAAAGCACCCGCCUCCUGUAACUCGGAGACUUGACGUCCCACUUAAAGCACUCUGCGUGUGGAAAGCUAAGCACAAUUCUGUAGGGAACAGCUCAGCAACAAUGGAGAGCCAGCAGGCUAGCAACAAGCCUGCACCCGAGAACCCUCCUCCCGACACAGGCCCCGGAAAAAGCCUUAGAAACUUCAAAUUCAACGCUUCCGCAAUCCUGCAAGCGAUGGAAGCUGGUUUCUCGUCGUCUUGACAUGCCUCGAGCCCGAGGUCAUGAGGUUUGGUUUUGGGAAUAUGGUCUGAGAGCAGAAAUGUGGGAAUUUGGUCUGUGUACAUGUGUGGUUCUUCUUGUAUAGCAAGCCGUUUAUGAGUGUACUGACUGUGUCUAUGGGCAUUGUGGUUGUGGAAGUGGGUGGCGACUGGCGAGAGAUUUGGUCAUAUUAACGAGCUGGAUUCAUUGGUCGUAUGAUUCAUGAUUGAUUUGUCGUACAUACAAGUGCACUGGGGAUAGAAUCUGCUGCAUGACAGUGUUUUCAAGAUCAUGAUAACGUUGGAUAUUUUGUUUUUUUUU